UGAUGUCACUACACUAGUACAGACAGUCGAGCUAUUUACAGGGAUAGUGAUACAUCCUUUGCAGUGGUUUGGAAAAGAAGUUUUUUCGUGUCAUUUUUUUUUGCAUCGUAAAUGAAAUUUUAUUGUUUUGGUAAAUUUUUAUAGCUCGUCAGUGCAGUGAAUUCAAUCAAAAAUUAUCAACCAGUCAAGAGGUUGCAUUAAUAAAACUGAAUCAUUUCAUAAUUGGCAAAAUUUCUAUUGCGUACCAUUCAGUUUAAUAAAUUUCCUCAAAGUCUCGAUUUUUCUUGCUCCCGCAUAGUACAAGGGCGAACGUUUAUUAUCUAAAUCGUAGACUUUGUUUCUUGUGUGGAAAGGGGAAUUUUUUGAAUUAUGAGUGUGCGAAUGAAAGCAACAAAAUGUUCUUCGGAGAUAUCGUUUACAAACAAGGUCGCUGUCAACAACACCGAUUUUCCGGAUGAAGUCGAGUACAUUCUAGUUUCAACUGGACCCGGUGCACAUUUUGUGUUUUCAAUAAUCCGAACACCAGAAGUGCCCAAGAAUAGCAUUGGUUUUUCAUUGGUGCAACGAAAAUGGGGCGCGAUUUCUGUGAAUCAAGAUAUCGAUGUGAAAAUUCAUCGUUUCAAUUCAUCCAGCCAGACAGAAUUUUUGGACACAGUUACAUUGGAAGUGGAUUUCUUGGCCAAGAAAACUAUAUCUCAAGAGCCUUAUGACACCGAUAAAAUGUCAAAGAGUUUCAUAAUGCAAUUUGCUGGCAUGCCAUUGACCAUUGGUCAACCAUUGGCAUUCCAAUUUGAGGACAAGAAACUUCUCGCCCUGGUUGUUAAAUCAUUGGAAGCCGUCGAUCCGGCUGCUGUUAUGUCGGACAAGGACAAAGUCGAACUGAAGAAAACCAGAUUUGGUAAAUUGCUGGGCAACAGUAAUAUUCAAUUUGAAAAGGCCGAAAGUUCCAGUGUUAAUUUGACUGGCAACGCAAAAGGAAAAAUCGUGCGUCAGUCAAUCAUCAAUCCGGAUUGGGAUUUCGGUAAAAUGGGAAUCGGUGGUUUGGACAAAGAGUUCAAUGCAAUCUUCCGUCGUGCAUUUGCGUCGCGUGUAUUCCCACCCGAAUUGGUCGAGCAAUUGGGAUGCAAGCAUGUCAAAGGUAUUUUACUCUAUGGUCCUCCUGGUACGGGUAAAACAUUGAUGGCCCGUCAAAUCGGUCAAAUGUUGAAUGCACGUGAACCAAAAAUUGUAAACGGUCCGCAAAUUCUCGAUAAAUAUGUCGGUGAAUCUGAGGCAAAUGUUCGUCGUCUAUUUGCCGAUGCUGAAGAGGAAGAGAAACGUUUAGGCCCAAACAGUGGAUUGCAUAUCAUUAUAUUCGAUGAAAUUGAUGCGAUUUGCAAGGCUCGUGGUUCAGUGGCUGGUAAUAGCGGUGUCCAUGACACGGUUGUCAAUCAAUUGUUGUCGAAAAUCGAUGGUGUCGAUCAAUUGAACAAUAUUCUUGUGAUCGGUAUGACAAACAGAAAAGAUAUGAUUGAUGAUGCUCUGAUGCGUCCGGGUCGUCUUGAAGUUCAAAUGGAAAUUGGUUUGCCGGAUGAAACUGGACGCUUGCAAAUUUUGAAUAUUCACACGCAACGAAUGAGAGAUUUUAAGAAAAUCAAUCCAGAUGUCAAUUUCCAAGAAUUGGCAGCAAAAACAAAGAAUUUCAGCGGUGCUGAAUUGGAGGGUUUAGUGCGUGCCGCACAAUCAACGGCUAUGAAUCGCUUGAUUAAGGCUGCGUCGAAGGUUGAAGUCGAUCCAGAGGCGAUUUCCAAGUUACUGGUUAACAAUGACGAUUUUAUUCAUGCACUUGCCAAUGAUGUGAAACCAGCUUUUGGCACAGCCACCGAAGCAUUGGAAACUUAUUUGUCACGUGGCAUCAUCAAUUGGGGAACACCAGUUUCAAGUUUACUCGAAGAUGGAUCGUUGUAUACACAACAGGCACGCGCACCAGAGGGCUCGGGCCUGGUAUCCAUUUUGUUGGAAGGUCCACCAAACAGCGGUAAAACUGCAUUGGCCGCCAAAUUGGCGCUUAUGUCCGAUUUUCCAUUCAUCAAAAUCUGUUCGCCAGACGAUAUGGUCGGAUUCACUGAGUCGGCCAAAUGUCUUCAAAUACGUAAAAUUUUCGAUGAUGCAUAUCGUUCUCAAUUGAGCUGCAUUGUUGUUGACAACGUUGAGCGGCUACUUGAUUACGGUCCAAUUGGACCGAGAUAUUCGAAUUUGACAUUGCAAGCGUUGCUUGUAUUGUUGAAAAAACAACCACCGAAAGGACGCAAACUUUUGAUUCUAUGCACAAGCAGCCGACGACAAGUAUUGGAGGAUAUGGAAAUGAUAUCGGCUUUCACAUCGCUUUUGCACGUUCCAAAUCUAUCAACGCCAGACCAUGUACUAUCUGUGCUCGAGGAAAAUGACAUCUUCAACAAACAAGAUCUGAUCACAUUGGCGAAACGAAUGAAGGGACACAAGGUGUUUAUUGGUAUCAAAAAGUUGUUGGAUUUGACUGAUAUGGCACGACAAACCGAACCGCAGUACCGUAUCAACAAGUUCUUGACUAAAUUGGAAGAAGAGGGCGGUCUUGUACUAAAUUGAAUAGAUUGUGAUCAGUACGAUCAACAGUUACAGGCUCGUGUUGUUGAUUUCAACGAUGUGUUCUAGGACUGUUGCCCAUACGCUUGAAAAUGAAUUCCGGAUGAAAACGAUAGUGUCAAACAUUUAGCGUGUUCACAUCAUUUUUUGACAUUAAUAUUUAUAUAAAACAUAUUAUCACAAACAACACCAAAAGAAAUGAAAUGUGUGAGAAUGUAUCAUUAAUCAACACUAAAAUAAUAUAAUAUUUAUGAAAAGUCUUUAUGAACAAACAAAAUUACAAAAUAUAAACGCUUUAAAGCAAAACCCCGCCGUGGACGAGACGAAAAAGAUGAUAUUAAUGAACUGGAAUUUAGUAAAAUCAUAUUAGUUAAUCAGAAACCACAAAAUGAACCGAUGAAUAUAUAUUUUUUUUGAUAAGUUACAUUCCGAUAGUAGAAAUCAUUCCCAGUAUUUUACAGGCAGAUAAAGGCGAUGGAAUUUAUACGAAUUGAUCCAAAAAAAACACAUGUCCAUAGAGAAUUUAGGUAUUUCAGAAGAGCAUUUGUAGCGUGUAUUGUAUGACAAACGUGAUCGAGUAAAAUUAUUUAUUCAACAAGAUUUUGUUAAUUAACGAUUUUGUUCUGUUUGUACUUAAACCACAACAUCUAGUCAUCCCUUGGCAUUUUUUAUACCGAAAAGUCAAUUAUAACGACCAGAAAAUGAACUCGAAUGCGUUUUUCGUUCUUCCUUUUCCCCAUUUAAGUUUUAAAUCCAGAAAUUUGGCAGAUUCGAAAUGUGCAAACAAAAAUGGCUUAAAGCAAUACGAUUAUUAUUAUAUUAAAAAUAGAGAAAAUGAAAGAAAAAUAUAGAAAAAUGAAUACUAACUAGAAAUUACUAACUGAUAAAAAAAUAAUUCAAUUAUCUAAUGUUAUUAAGAAAUCAGAAAAGAGAUAACCUAAUACUUGAAACGAAAUAGAAGUUAGAACAUGAAUAUUAUAUUAUCAAAUACUGCUCGUUCUCAA